AUGUCUAGUUCAACUUUGAAGCAAGUUGCAUUGUUGUCUGAGGGCUGCCCUCCAAAGGUUUGGUGUAUCGAAUGGUCUCCAUCGGGAAAGUUGUUGGCUGGUUGUGGAGAUGAUAAGGCUAUUCAUAUUUGGUCAGAGGAUGAGGAGAAUAGAUGGCCACGUGUACAGACAUUGGAUGCACAUGAGAAGACUGUUAGACGAAUUGCUUGGUCCCCAUGUGGCAAGUUCCUUGCCGCUGCCAGCUUUGAUGCGUCCACAAGCAUCUGGGAGGAGUUGGCUGAUGGAGAGUUUGAACAGAUAUCAACAUUGGAGGGACACUCCUACGAAGUCAAGUCAGUCGCAUGGGACAGCUCUGGCACUUUGCUCGCGACCUGUAGCAGAGACAAGUCAAUUUGGAUAUGGCAGAUGGAGGAUGAUAGAGAGUUUGAAUGUCUAUCAAUUAGUAAUGGACAUAGUCAGGAUGUAAAGUGCGUGCGAUGGCAUCCAUCCCAGGAGUUGUUGGCAUCGGCAUCAUAUGACGAUACGAUAAAGAUGUGGCAGGAUACUCAUGGUGACUGGGAAUGUGUCAACACACUGACAGGACAUGAGUCCACUGUCUGGGACAUAGCAUUCAAUCGCACUGGCGAUCGUUUAGUAUCAGGUAGUGAUGAUAAGAGUGUCAUCAUAUGGAGAUAUAAGAACUCAAAGUGGGAUAUACUACAGAAGUUCGAAUCAGUUCACAGCAGACCUGUGUUCUCAGUUGAUUGGUCACAUAGUUUGGAUGGUAAGGGUAGAGACUUGAUAGUGUCGGGUGGUGGCGACGACUCCAUCAUCUUGUAUGAAAGGAUUGGAGGUUGCCAAGACGACAGCGACAACAACAAUAGUAGCGAUAAAGAAGACGAACAGUAUAAAGUGAUAAUCAAACAGGAGAGAGCACAUACCAGCGAUGUCAACUGUGUACGAUGGAAUCCAAGCAAGCCAGGCAUGUUUGCCUCGGCAGGAGACGACUCGACGAUCAGAAUAUGGUCGAUUGAGGAAUAA